CCUGCACACGCUUCUCCACUUUCUCCACACGCAUCCUGUAUUGCAUCACUGAACACCGACAGAACUACCUGAGAACUACAGUAGGAGGUCCACCGGCACUGGGACUACAUACGGCGGCUUAUAGUACAUACUUUCCCGUGUGUCGACGAGAGGAAGCGAGCCAACUCCAUUCGUCUCUCCUAGCAUGCUCACGAGUACGGACGACAUCCUCUCGCCAACGCCAAAAAAGUUUCUCAUCGUUGGCGGCGGAGUCUUCGGCCUCAACGCCGCCAUAGCUCUCCGCCAACGCCAGCACACAGUCAUAGUCUUCGAUCGUCUCCCGAUACCCGCAGAGGAUGGCAGCUCUAACGAUAUCAACCGUAUCGUGCGGAUGGACUAUGGUGCGAAGGGGCUGGAACAGGGGUUGGCGGAGAAGGCUAUUUUGAAGUGGCGUGAAUGGAACGAUGACGCGACAAAGGUCUUACCGGACGACGACCGACCCCUCUUCGACGAGUGCGGGAUCAUUCUGGCAUGCCAGGACAAAGUGCUAGGACCAUACGAGAGGGGAUGUGUGGAGUUUCUGUCGAGCAUAGGCCACGGGCCUUUAUUGCAAGAACUCUCGGCAUCCGAGCUGGGUGACAAAUUCCCGGCAUUUGCAGAAGCGACUUCCAACUCGGUUAUGCAGAGCGCAUACUACAACAAACUGGGCGGGAUGGUGAACGCCAACAAAGCGAUGGUGUACUUGAAGGCCAAAGCGGAUGCGAUGGGGGUCGAGUUUUUCACUGGAGAGGACCAUGGCAGUGUAGCGGAUUUCAUAAGCAACGCGGACGGACGCGUGGCGGGUCUCACCACGCGAGAUGGCGUUCAUCAUUACGCCGAUGCGGUGCUGGUCGCAGCUGGGGCGUGGUCGGCGUCCAUCGUGCCCGAACUGGCGAGCCUGGUCGUCGCGUCUGGACAGCCGGUGAUUUAUGUGAGUGUACCGGAGAACCUGCGCGAGGAGUUUUCCUCCAAGAACUUUCCGGUGUGGACAGCUGACAUAACCAAGACGGGGAUCUACGGGUUUCCGGUGCAAGAAGGGGUGUUGAAGUUCGCUUGCCAUAGCCUGGGUUUUACCAAUCCUACACCUGCUCCCUGGAGCUCUGAUCCGUCAACAUUGAUUUCCAUUCCGUCCCCAGUCGGCACACCCCUGGGCGACACCAUCCCGGCGCCAAAGUACAAGGAAAUGCUCUCCUUCCUGCGCACGCUCUUCCCGUCCCUCGCUGAUGCGCCGGUUGCCAGAGCACGGCUCUGCUGGUACACCAACACCUUUGACGAACGGUUCGUCAUCUCGGCCGUCCCUCACCGGGAAGGAUUGUAUGUCGCGACGGGCGGUAGCGGACACGGAUUCAAGUUUGCGCCUGUUAUUGGGGAUGUGAUUGCGGAUGUGGUGAGCGGCAUUGAGAGCGAGGUUGCAAAAGGCUUUGCGUGGAGGGACAGCCCUGCAGGCACAGGUCUAUACUUGCCGAAGGGGGAUGGUACGCUAAGGGAACACUUGCCGAUAUGAUGGGAACCCUGCGCUGUGGAGGGACUCAACUGUAUCGGAGUACAUGACAGUGCUGCAGGCGGCGUGACCAUCCGUAGAUCUAGAAUCAUAGAUAGAAUAUUGUCCGUUCUCGGUCGCAUCCUUGGAGAGGGGUGUGCGCUGCGAUGUGCGACUCUGUUUGGAACGGCUUGUAACGCAAGACGAGCGCGUUGCGAGUCCUAAUGCCCCCCCGCGCACAGCAAUUUGAUUUCUCACACGCUGAUC